CUGCGUGAGCAUUUGCUUUUGCGGCGCAGCCUGAUGAUAAGAAGUUGCAAAUUUCCUCACUUGGUGCCAUUCUUUCGACCAUCAUCACAGCUUCGAGAAUCUCCGUUAUAUCAAGUUGAUUGCUAAGAAGAAUGGCCAAGGGCAAAGGGGUGCUGGACAGGAAAAGCCUGCAAGGAAACGGGAUUACAUUUGAUCUGAGAGUAAUUGGAUUGAAUGGACUACGCAAUAAAUUGGCCUUUACUGGCAUCAGAGGAUCGAAGUAUUUUACACAGGCUAACCGCUGACAUUGGAUAUCCACAAGAACUUCGAAAGCUCAAGCGGCUAACAGCAAAAGCAGUGAGCGCACAUAACUAUGCCAUGAACAUUGUUGCUGCCAGUGAAAUGCGCUGGCAAGGGUUGGUGAAGAGCGAACUCUUCAAGGGCAUGUCUGAUCGAGCACUAAUCACCGAGGGCGCAAGAACUAUUGGAGUUAGAGAAUUAGCAAAAUCCCUUAGGGUCGAAAGUGAGGACACCUGGUAUGCUGCUCACGAGGUGCGGUUAAAAACAGCGUCGUCUAAUGCGCCAAUCCUCACACGUCCAAAGCCCGAUCUCUAUAUAGCUCUACCGACAUUUGAGGAAGAUAAAGUACCCAGGGGCUUUGCACGUAGCCCUAUUAUGCGAAAUUUCUGCGCUGCUAAGCUUCAGUUGCUGGCAGAUAAGAAAGGCCUGUUGUCUAGUCCCCUGAGCCGUAUAAUUGGCAAACGAUCAAAAGAGAAGGGUCGCCUUUGUUUUCCUUGUGUGGUUCUCGAAGCGAAGCAUCACGAGGUAAAACAGUCAAGUGUUGAGAACUGCUAUUGCCAGGCAGCGAACGGUGCUGCAUGUGCACUUGCCUUGCUGCAUAAUCUUACUGGCAAGUACAUUGCAUCUGAUUUCAAGAGAGACGCCCGACCUGUGGUGACAAUCACUUUGAACGGACAUCAGGCUCGUGUUUGGAUAGCGGGUAUCAAGUCCACAAAGAAUGCUUCAGAGACUAUCGCAACUGAGAAAGGCUCUCAGUUGCGGGAAUUCACCAGAGUGAGAUACCAUAUGCAAUGCAUGUGGAAGGGAGAUAUACAUUUCGAAGAUCCAAUGAUGGAGCUUAUAUGUAUCAUUGAUAACUUGGAAAACUGGAUAAACGAAGAUUUCCGUCCAUGGGUAUCAGGCUACUUAGGCAGACAUUAUCAUGAGACAGGACUCCGAGGUGAAAGCGGUGGAGAGACAGAAGGUCUCGGUGCUGAUGACGAGGAAACUGGGAGCAAUUUUGAAGACAGUGAUUCAGAAAGUAGUGAAGAGUACGAUGACACAGACGAGGAAGAGAACGAGUGGGAUGAGAAUUGGAUCGCACCGGAAGGCGAAAGCGAGGAGUCUGACUCUGAAUACGAAAUGGACUCCGACGAUUAUGAGGAGUAUUUGCGAGAUUUCAAUAGAGCGGACAGUCUCAUGGAACAACUCUCGUUGGACCAUUCCGCCAAAUCGACCACGAAAGUCUCGCACAAGUUCAUCCAAGCGCGGAACGACCGAGGACUAUAGAGAAUCUUGUUCAUUGACUUAGAGAACCUUAGUAUGACGAGGUUGAAUAUUCCUGUCAUUUGUACAUACAUAUCUUAAAGUAGUGAAAUUAAAGAAAGCGAUCGAAAUCCUAGUCCCUUAUUACCCUCAAAACUAUUUCUUAAUGCCCUUAACAAUCAUAU